GAUAAAGUGAUGCCAUCAGCAAAUGGACAAAAUCCUCUCAUCAUGGAGAAGAAAUCAACGAAUCCUGUAAAUUCCAUUGGAGAUUUAAAUACCUUCAUUUGUACGGAGUGUGGUGAUAGGUUUUGUCAGUACGCCAAUUUGUUGACCCACAUGGCUAUUCAUGGACCUUUGGACUCAUUCGCAUUUGAUGGCUCAUCCAAUGGAUUUGAGGUCCCUCGAGAAUAUGUGCUACAAGAAAAUGGCACACUUACUAUUGUGAAUGGUUUGGUGCAGUCACAUUCUCCUGUGAAACCACUAUCUCCGGGCAUAUUGCCAUCUCACCUGACGGCUAUCAAGCCACUAUCACCAACUCAUAAGCCACAAACUUUACCUUACAGAGAUGUGUUCAAGCCAAGGUCAUCAGACCUACACUCUGAGAAGUCUCGGCAAGGCCAUUACCGAUGUGAAAUAUGUAACAGAUCAUUUAAUAGCCUGCAAAGUUUACAUCGUCACCAGCAAUAUCGAAACACGGAGCGGGGUUACAAAUGUACUUUGUGCUGCAAAAUCUUUGAAGAUAGGCAAGACCUGAAAAAACACCUGCAAAACCAUGUCAGAGAAAGAUUUCACAGCUGUAAUUUUUGUGGCAAGCGAUUCCUGAAAGUAGAUGCACUAAAUGCUCACCAAAAAGAAAAUCACCCAGCCCUGAAGGCCACCACUUUGUCUCAGCAAGAGAAAAAGAUUGAGAAAACAUAUCCUUGUAAGAAAUGCAAAUUGAAUUUUUUCUGGAUGUCAGACUUCCAAACUCAUUCACUGUACCAUUGUAAAGGCAAAGAGCCUGAUGAAGUGUUUGCAUCAGAGAUUGAAGUUGAAGUGACUUCCAAGAACCAAGAAGAUUCAACUAGUGAAAUUCUUCCCAGCAAUGACAGAUCCACUGAUGUCAAAAGCAACGGGGCUGAUAGAAUCUUUGAGGAUGAAAGUUGUGAGAUAGACAAUAUUUACUCUUCUACACCAUACAGAUGUGGUUUAUGUGGGGAUCGGUUCCACAACUUAACCACCUUAAAGGAACAUCACCUCACUCAUCAGACUCAGGAAGAAAUCGAUCAAUUAAAUCAAGAAUCCCAAAAACCUUUCAAGAGAAAGAUCCCACCUAAAGGUAAACGUAGGAGAGGGAGCAAUCCCAAUGGGAAGCUGCAUCCUUGCAAGCACUGUCACCGUGUUUUCAACCAUUCCAGUAGUUUAUCUCGGCAUAUGAGAUACCAUAAAGGCACAAUGCACACAUGUGUCUUUUGUGGUAGACAGUUUCCUCAGCGGUGUGAUUUGAGAAGGCACGUAGUCAUGUACCACAAAACUGAACUGGAUAAGAAACCUAGCUUGAAACUGCUUUACACAAGUACUCAAAACUUGCCUCUCCCAAGAGCACUUGAGAUCGAUAAAAACACUAGUCCUACCGAAGAGAAUGCAAAAAGCUCCUCUGACAGCGAACAACAAAUGGUCUCACCAGAGCAGAGUCCAAAAGAGAAACUAUCAGGAAAAGCUGUUCGAGGGAAUUAUCAAUGUCAAGAGUGUGGCAAAAAAUUUGGCCUGCUCUGUGUGUACCAACGGCAUCUACGCUACCACAAAAAGGAACCCAGUAAGAGUCUCCAGGGUUCACCUAAAUUGAAGAAUUUGUCAUCCUUUGAGCGUCAUGCACAGAAUAGCCCAAGCCCUGGACAUGCAGAUGAUACAGGAAAAAUCUCCAACAGCUCCGUCAACAGUGCAGAUCCUGCUCUCAAAGAGGGUACAGCAGAGGACAUUGAAGAUGACUACAUGGACCAUUCUCAAAAAGAUCAUGGAAAUUCUACAGAGGUUUUGUAUGAAUGCACAGAGUGCACUGAAACAUUCUCAUGUUUGAAGACAUUUCUUCAUCAUCAGACAUCGCAUGGCUCAGAAAACAAUGGGUGAACUGUUCCAUUUAACCUAUUCAUCACACUUGGUGCAGUUGAUUUUGAUUGUUACAACACAAGCAGUUCAAAUGUUAACUGGUGUAUAGUUUAUCUAAUGCUUCUUUUGCAAUUGUACUUAAUUACAUUUUUCUUUAGCACAUUUUGGAAAAAAAAAAACACUUGCUGUUGGAUUUAAACUAUUAUGAACAAAUGUCAAUUAGAGUGCUUCCCAAAUGUUUUUAAAGACACAGAAGACUGAGUUAGAACGUGAUAGAUUACUCAAAAUCAUUUCAUGUUUUUACCUUGUAUGCCCCACUCAAGUUGACAAUACCUUAAACGGUCCAUCAGCUCAUUACAAAAUACUGCUAAAUGUUUUGGUGACUUUUUGGGUGGAUACCAUUGCUGUUCCUGUAAAUGAUAUUGCUGCUUUUAUGAACAUGAUUCACUCAGUAAAACAUUGUUAACUUGUUAUAUGCACAUACAGAUAUAUAAAUUUACAUUUUAUUAAGGAUUGCUUUUUCAAUAGAUUUUAAAUUGUGUAAUAAAAAUGUGUACAAACAAUUGAGUUCAUGUGCAAUCAGUUUGUACUUUGUUGCUAUUUUAGAACAGGAACAGUGUUUAUUUUGCUUUGGUUUGGUAAAACCUUCUGGUGUGGUUAUUAUGACAGUAGUCACUCAUUAGGUUUUUGCACAUCAGAUCCCAUUACUUGGUGUAAUCAAUGGAUUUCACCCCAAAAGUUUUAAGGGUCAUAUCAUCUCCAAAAAAAAAAAAAAAAAAAAAAAAAAAAAAA